AUUUCAUUUACUUUCCCCAAGGUACAAAUUUGUGGUGAAAAUGUGGCAUCCAGCAUGUCCAUUGUUUUUAAGGCAAUGGGCUAUUGCCCUCAGCAUGAUGCACUUUGGAAGAACACAACAGUUGCUGAGCAUAUUGAGUGUUAUGCAGAGGUGCGAGGAAUUCAGAAAGACCAAGUGAAACUCCUAAUCAAUACAUACCUAAAAGGCCUGGAAAUAGAGGAACAUAGAAAGAAAAAGAGCAAAAAUUGCUCAGGAGGCACAAAACGCAAGUUGAGCUAUAUCAUCAGCAUGAUAGGUCAUCCUAAAGUCGUACUCCUGGAUGAGCCUUCAACAGGAUUAGACCCCAAGUCCAAACGUUUUUUGUGGAAUUCAAUUCUUGCAUCUUUUAAGGAUGAAAGAAGUGCUAUUUUAACAACCCAUUCAAUGGAGGAGGCUGAUGCUCUUUGUGCAAGAAUUGGCAUCUUGGUACAAGGUAGCCUGAGAUGUGUGGGAGUAUUCCCCUUUAAGAACAAGUCAGGCAGCAUUAUGGAACAGGUGCAUAACAUAAUCAACGAGACCUUCCCAAAUGCAGUCCUAGAUGAGCAGUUUGAAGAGCAUAUCACCUAUAAAGUGCCUCAGCAUGAUAUUUCAGAUUUGGCAAGAUGUUUUAUGGUGCUGGAAAAAGCUAAAUCAGAAGGAUUAAUGGAGGAGUACGCUCUAAGCCAGACCACCUUAGAGCAAGUGUUUUUGAAGUUUGCCCGCCAGCAAGAAUAUGAAGAUGAUGAUGAUCAAGAAGCUGCACAGCAGUCUAGUUUAUCAACAACCUCUUUAUAGAGGUUGCCUGCUGAAAUACAUCAACUCUACUUAAAUAUUUUUGUAAUCCAUCAAGAGUUCUCUACAGUUAUUAUAUAUUCCACUCAUACCUAAAAUUGAUAAUUACUCAAAUGUAGAUGCAGUGCUGCCUUUUGUACUUACACAUCUUUUUCUAAAUACAGUUCUUUUAUUUUAAUGUACUAUUGUAAAUUAUAGAUACUGUCUUAAUCAUAUUAAACAAAAUUAAUAAUGAAAUACAAUACGGCCCCACUUAUACAGCAGGUUAGGUUCUAGGCUACUGCCGGAAAACAGAAUGCCAUUUUUUCCACUUAUAAAUGCAUACAAUGCCAGAUAAGUUUACACUAACAUAAUUUAAGCUGACAGUAGAACUAGGCAUUAAAAACAAUAAAAAGUAAAAUACAUACACAGUACAUUCAUUACCUACCUUAGGGUGAGAGGUGAAUAGUAUUUAUUUGUAGGAAGUCAGGCAUAGGUAGCCAGUAGGAGUAGGUAGCCUGCCUGGCUCCCACACCUAAACGUAAUACAGUAGACCCCCUGAGUUUCAUGAUUAAUCUGUUCCAGAAAGUCUGCUGAAUGGCGAAAUUUACGACUGGCGAAACCAUUUUCUCUAUAAGAAAUAAUGGAAAUCCAAUUAAUCCGUUUCAGGCACCCAAAAGUAUUAACAAAAAAUAUUUUUUUUAAAGAUUAAAUAUAGAUUUACAUAUAGGAAACAAUGACAAAUGAAUAUAAAGCACUAAUAAAAUGGAUAAAUGAACAUUUAAUAUCACACUUACCUUUACUGAUGACUCUUGUUGGUGUAUGGCAGACAGGUAGGAGGGGAGAGGGAGCCGAGUUUAUUAUGCUUCAAUAUGACGCUAAUAUCAUCUCUACAGCUUAUUUAUCUAUCACAAUUCAUCUAAUAUGACAUAAUAAACAAUAUUAAUAAUGUAGAAACAUAAUAUAUACUCUAGAAUGAGUAAAAUAUGUCAUAACAUAUGUGAGGAGUAAGUGGUGGUGGUGGUGUUAUUGGGUUUAUAAGGGCCACUGAGAGAAGCCGUACAUACUAGUGAUGGUGGAGGUGGCAGCAGAAGCCACCAACAUUAUUCACACUGAAACAAUGUACACUUACCUUGGAGGAGAUGUUAGUUUAAUUAGUUUGAUGGAGGAGAUGCUGGCAGAGGUUUAGAGUGGUGGAAGAUAGCAGGGCAGCGUAUGUUCAGUGGCCCUAUACACCUCCAACAACAUUGGAGAGUUACUCUCGUGUCGUUUGUCUAUCGCUUAAUCGUUUAACUUACUUGCUAUACUGUUAAUGCUACUCUUUAUCGCUGGCAGGUGCUAAAGCCUUUGCCGAUACCUGCUGCUUUAAUAUUGUACAUAUUAUAGAAUCACUGAAGAAGGCACAUUCUCCCCUCUCUCUUCUUACUCCCACUUUGGUACUUUGCUACGAGUUUUUUCUUGAAUUCUAAUAUGUUUCUUUCCUUCUUUACCAAAGGACUGGCACUAGGAGCUUUCUUUGGGCCAAUGGUGGCUUAUUUAGUAGUUGCAAGUACAAAAAAUAAUGGAUUAUUAUGAAAUAUAUCGCAUGAACCCAUGGGGUGAUUGUCACUCGCUGAUAAACAAUGGCACACUGAGUGUGAAUGGUGCGGGAGACUGGCUUUGUGUGCAUUGACACUGGGAUGCCGCUCCAAUGUGUACCAGACAGUCGCCGAAUCACAAGGCCAAUCAUGAACCGCGAGGCUAUAUUUUGCCGAAAAAAGUUGCUGAAAGUCGGAUUUCACGAAAGUCGUGGCCGCCAAAAAGUGGGGGUCCACUGUAUGUGAUAUUUAAAGCUGCCCAGAGCAAUAAAAUACAUACACAUACAUUACUCUCAUUAUUUACCUUAAAAUAUGUAUAGUCUUAAUGUAGGGCAAGAGGUGAGUAGUAUUUAUUUGUAGGAAGUCAGGUGUAGGUAGUUGGUAGGUGUAGCUAUAUAGCCCACAUGGCCCCUCCACCCAUAGGUAAUAUAUGAUAUUUAACCCUUAAACUGUCCUAACGUAGAUUUACGUUCACUUGCGUAGCGCUCCAAACGUAGAUCUACGUACGAUUUUACAU